AUGUGUCUGGGCAGGAGUAUGCUGGUGGCCCGUGUGUCCCUGGGCCCAGCUGAUGCAGGGCACAUGUGUGCUGAAACCACAUCCUUCUCUUCCACAGGGUGUGCAAGACAUGGCCUGGUCCCCCUGGUGCUGCAGCUGCUUUUCCUCAUCCUCUUCUCUGGGGUCCUUGUGGCAUUUCUUCUCCAAGCUCCAAAGGUUCCAUGCACCCAGGAUCAGGAGGAGAUCUACCAGGAGCUCAUGCAGCUGAAGCUUAGAGUUGACCUCCUGUGCCGACCCUGCUCCUGGGACUGGAUCUUUUUCCAUGGAAACUGUUACUUCUUCUCCGUAACUAAACGUAACUGGACUGAUUCCCUCAUUGCUUGCCAGGAAGUUGGGGCCCAGCUAAUCAUCAUUGAAAGUUAUGAGGAACAGGACUUCCUACUGAAGAUGUGUAAGCUUAAAGGCCAUCUCUGGAUUGGCCUGAAACAUGAAGGUACAUGGGAGUGGGUUAAUGGUUCAUCUUUGUCACCAAGCUUUAAAAAGUUUUGGACCUUAUGGAAAAAUGACGACCAUUCAGAGGACUGUGCAGAACUGACAGAUCAUGGCUGGAAUGAAAACAACUGCAAAACGGAGAAAUUCUGGAUCUGCAAGAAGUCCUCAGCAUCCUGCCCCAACAAUUGA